AUGCCAAAAUGCAAACCAGUCAAGAACGCUUGCAAAAUAUGCUUCCAACAGGUGACAACUAAAACCGGGGUGCAAUGUCAGGGUGCUUGUAGAACGUGGAUACACUUCAACUGUCUCAAUUAUACCCCAGGGAAAAUAAAGGACAUAAAGCAAGGUUACAUCACAGUGACAUGUCCAUGUCCGGAUUGUAAGAGCGUGGCACCGAAAGAAUUCACGAAUGAUAAGUCCACAAGCUGUGUCCUGCCAAGCUGUCCGGCAAAACAGACGCCGAGGUGUCAGAACUCUGCGUGUCCAUCCUAUCAGUUGUUGUAUCCGCACCAAAACGAACAGGCCCUUGGAAAUGGAUGCGAUUUCAGCAAAUGUGGACAAAGCGACUCGUCUGUGACAUCGGGAGACAUCCAAAGCUCCACUUCCACAGAAUCUUUGAAUGUACUCGAGGAAAUGUCCAAAACUGUUGGCCAAUUGAAGAAACAAAUUAAUUGUCUGGCAAACAAAAUGAAACGACCUGCCAAAAAGAACAAAUAUUGUGGCAACAAACAAUGUCGGAGCAUAAAUGAUAAAAUUCCUUGCUGCUGUGGAUCUAAAUAG